AUGAGGGCAAUCAGUAGCUUCGAGACAUCCUGCACGAUGAGAGUUCUGAUAUUGAUUGCUGCCUACUUGGUUUCCGCAACCGCUGCGCCUUCUGGUGCAUUCUUCGGUUCGAUUGUACACAAUCCCUACUAUACGAUACCUAUUCCUGCUGCUGUACCCACAAUAUCGGCAGGUGACUUACAAGCUGCAGCGAUAAAUGCAAAAGUUCAAUUUGAACAGCAAGCUCAAGCUGCAGCCGACAAGGCGAGAGAAUUAGCUGAACAAGCAAUAGAGAAACAAAAUGAGGGUAUUAUUGAAGCUAAUGAUUUGGCAAAAGAGCGAGCCGAAGAGUCAUUCUGGGCAGCAGAAGAACAGAAGUGGCAAGCAUUAGACGCUCUAAAAACCGCUGAAGCUCAGAUUGGUGGAUCUAUAGCGAGCAGGGCGAGUGAUGUCGCUUUAGCGGCGUAUAGUGUACCAACUGCUAUUCAGGCACAAACUGGACUUUCGGGACACUCUGUUGUAGCGACAGAAACAAAAAGCAUCACUCCUGAAGGAGCCAAUGUAGAAGAACAAAAGGCAAAAGCUGAAGGUGAAGCAAUGGGUGCAGUCAAAUCAGUGCAAGCCGAGAGCAAACCCGAAAAUACUGAAAAGCCCGUGGAGAACGUUCAAGCAGAUGCAGCUAAAAUGGAAACGUCAGCGUCAGUGAAAACUACAGAAGCGGUUAAAAAAGAAAAUCCAGCUGCUAUCUUUUUAGCUCAAACUCACACAGCACCUGUGGUGUCUAAUGCCUUCUUGGCACAACACUUGCUGAAACAAGGAAUUGCACCAAUUUCCUAUAUUUCUGGAUUACAAAGCUACAGUCCAAAUCUCGUUCCAAAUCUCAUUCCAAAUUAUAACAGUCAGUUGGUAAACCCAGUCUUUUUUAGAGCUGCGUGGUAA